CCCCGGGCGUCACGUAACGUCAUCCCACAAUCCGGAAGCUCCCACACGUGUGCGCCCGACCCGGCUCUGGGCGUCCUGGCCCCUCUGUCACCGGCCAUGGGUCGCUCCCGCCGGACGGGUGCGCACCGAGCCCACUCCCUGGCCCGCCAGAUGAAGGCGAAGCGGCGGCGGCCGGACCUGGAUGAGAUUCACCGUGAGCUGCGGCCCCAGGUUCCCGCACGGUCUCGGCCAGACCCGGGCCCUGAGCCUGACCCCGACCUGCCAGGGGGCGGCCUGCAUCGCUGUCUGGCCUGCGCGAGAUACUUCAUCGAUUCCGCCACCCUGAAGACCCACUUCCGAUCCAAAGACCACAAGAAAAGGCUAAAGCAGCUGAGCGUGGAGCCCUACAGUCAGGAAGAGGCCGAAAGGGCAGCGGGAAUGGGCUCUUAUAUGACCCCCCAGCGACUGGCAGUGCCCACGGAAGUAUCCACUGAGGUCCCUGAGAUGGACACAACUCCCUGACAUGACCUGAGAUGCAAGUCAGGAGAGCUGCCCAUGGACAGCGAGGCAAGGGCUAGGCUGGGAGAGACUGUGCCAACCUCUCUUGGCCCUGGGCUUGGGGAGUGGAAAGCCUCACCCCCAAUAAAGAAACUGGUUAGAGAA